CUACACUCGUGUCUCUACACUCUCUCUCCCUCCCAAUAUCGACAUCAACAAACUCACUAUCUUCCAAACGAAAGGGACGAGCACAGAGUUAAUGAAUAAGAACGAACUCCCUCCAUUAAUACCAGAAGAAGUGGAAGAAAACGACGGCGAUACCACGUAACCAACUAGGCAAGAGGUGGCGUGUCGUCUCCGGCGUGGGAUAGCUUUCCUCUCUGUCCUACAUUUUGAUUCCCUUCCUUCAUAAUCUGUUUUUACAAAGCGGGUAAGCAACAAUCAGAAAACAAAAAAAGCAUCAAAACAAGCCGAAGCAACAGCGAUGGGAAUGUUUCAAGAAAGUGUUUUAUAAAAACACUGUCCUUAAAGCAAAAAACAAGAGUUCAAAGGAGGGAGCUGGAAGCUGUUGCGAACAUGAGAGAAACUGAAAUUCUGAUUGUUUUGGUUUUGGUGGUUGGAGUUCUUGCUACGACGUCGUUUCCCGCCAAUGUGACGUACGAUCAUCGGGCGUUGGUUAUCGACGGCCAGCGGAAACUCUUGAUUUCCGGCUCUAUUCACUAUCCUCGCAGCACUCCCGACAUGUGGCCGGACCUUAUUCAGAAAUCGAAAGACGGAGGUUUGGAUGUAAUCGAGACUUACGUUUUCUGGAACUUGCAUGAACCAGCUCGAAACCAGUAUGAUUUUGAAGGCAGAAAUGAUUUGGUUAAAUUUGUGAAACUGGUGGCUGAAGCUGGUCUUUACGUUCAUCUGCGGAUUGGUCCUUACGUCUGUGCUGAGUGGAACUAUGGAGGAUUUCCUCUUUGGUUGCAUUUUGUGUCCGGAAUUAAGUUUCGAACUGAUAAUGAGCCAUUCAAGGCAGAAAUGAAACGAUUCACGGCCAAGAUUGUGGACAUGAUGAAGCAAGAAAAUCUCUAUGCAUCCCAAGGCGGACCCAUUAUCUUAUCUCAGAUUGAGAACGAGUAUGGGAACAUUGAUUCAGCAUAUGGGCCAGCUGGCAAAACUUAUAUCAAGUGGGCAGCAACCAUGGCAACUUCUUUGGAUACAGGGGUGCCCUGGGUGAUGUGCCAGCAAGCAGAUGCUCCUGAUCCAUUGAUUAACACUUGCAAUGGGUUUUACUGCGACCAAUUCACCCCAAAUUCUGAUAAGAAACCAAAAAUGUGGACUGAGAAUUGGACGGGAUGGUUCCUUGCAUUUGGGGGUGCUGUCCCCUAUAGACCUGUGGAAGACAUUGCUUUUGCUGUAGCACGUUUUUUCCAGCGAGGGGGAACCUUUCAGAAUUACUAUAUGUACCAUGGUGGAACUAACUUUGACCGGACUAGUGGUGGACCUUUCAUUUCCACAAGCUAUGAUUAUGAUGCUCCAAUUGAUGAGUAUGGACUUCUUAGACAACCGAAGUGGGGCCACCUAAAAGAUGUUCAUAAGGCCAUAAAGCUUUGUGAAGAGGCAAUGUUAGCAACUGAUCCAACAAUAACUUCUUUAGGCUCAAAUUUAGAGGCCGGUGUUUACAAAACUGGAUCAGGGUUAUGCUCUGCUUUUCUUGCCAACUUUGGUACCCAAUCGGAUGCAACUGUGAAUUUUAGCGGCAAUUCAUAUCGCUUGCCUGCAUGGUCUGUGAGCAUCUUACCUGACUGCAAGAACGUAGUGCUUAAUACUGCAAAGAUAAAUUCCAUGACGACGAUUCCACGAUUCUCCACUCUAUCUUUGAAAGAUGGCAUCAGCUCUGAAGCAUUCCCGGAUGAUUGGAGUUGGGUUAAUGAACCAGUGGGUAUCUCCAGUAACAGUGCAUUCAAUAAACUUGGAUUGUUGGAGCAAAUAAAUACUACAGCCGAUAUAAGUGACUAUCUGUGGUAUUCACUUAGCACUGACAUUACAGGUGAUGAGCCUUUCCUUCAAGGUGGAUCUCAAACAGUUCUUCAUGUGGAAUCACUUGGCCAUGCCAUUUACGGAUUUAUUAAUGGGAAGCUUGCAGGGAGUGGAAAAGGCAGUUACAACAAUCCCAAGGUUACCAUUGAGGUUCCUGUCACACUCAUACCUGGAAAAAACAGAAUCGAUCUCUUAAGUUUGACUGUGGGACUUCAGAAUUAUGGCGCAUUCUAUGAUUUAUCGGGUGCUGGGAUCACCGGUCCAGUGCAGCUCAAAGGCUCAAAAAACAACUCUACUAUUGACCUCUCGUCAAAGCAAUGGACGUACCAG